UUGGGUAUAAAAGAGCACGUGGUAGCCAUCAAGUAAUGAUAUAAGGCCAAUUUAUAGCUUGCUCUAAUUAUUGUUUCUGCAUCAGGACUUAAUGCAGACUUGUAGUGGCACAAGAAUGAAGAAGGAGGAAUUUAAUUCAUCUCCUAAAAAAUAUACAGAGACUGAAGCUGAUGAUGCAACUAAGUUCAAUAGCUCCUUGCAAGAACUCAAGGACUUGUGCUCUCAACUUCACCAUGCUGCAGAUUAUUGUGAGAAAACUUUUCAGAAAGCUGAAGAGAAAAGAGAUGUAGUGGAAAACACAAAAGAGUACCUUUGCAGAGCUGUUGUUACAGUCGUCGAUCAUUUAGGAAGCGUCUCAUCUAAACUUGAAUGCCGGAUUUCCAAGAUUGACACAGCUUCUGAAACAGAGCUUCGAAUCGAUGGCUUGACUCAAAGGCUAGCGACCUGCCAGCAAUACUCUCAAAUGCUUGCUCUCACAAGGCUUUGUUGGAAUACUGAAUUAGCAACACAUCAUCGUCGCUAUAUAUCACCACCAACUCAAGAUCUCAGGAGAACGAAAAUGUCAAGGGGAUUUAGUAUACCAAUGGAUAAUAAAAUUGUGGACAAGGAUGAAUUUGAGACAGAGGAAGAUGUGCCACUAUUUUUGUACACUUACAACUUUAAGCCAUCUCUACUAGAAGAUUCAGACAAAAAGUCUACCUAUUCACCUCCAGUGCUUCCGGUUCGAGAUGGCCUCUCUGUAGUACCAAAAGCACAAAAUUCCAAAUUUGAGUUUAAGGAUGCUCGAAAGCUAAAACGAAACAUAUUGAAUUGGAGACCGAUGCAUAAUAAGGAUAUCAGGUCACUCAUUCGACGAGGAAGAAGAAUAAUAACAUGAAUUUAUUAAGAGUAUGAAGACUGCCACUAAAAUUUCAUUCAAGAUUUUGUAGACUUGUGCAGGCUUCGAGUUACCGGUUUUUUAAAUAUGUAGUAUUAUUCUCGUUUUGAAAUUAUGUAUAUUAUAAAGGGAGCUUAUGCUGCAAAAAAUAUUCAAUAAAACACAUCAUGCAUUUCAAACU